AUGCAUGGAACAUGGAGACAGUAUAGUGAAUAUAUUUCACAUGAAAAAAAAAUUAGAGGAGAGAAGCCAUAUCGAUGCAUGGAAUGUGGAAAGAGCUUCAGUUGCAGCAGUAGUCUUGGUAUACAUCAACUAAUCCACACAGGAGAGAAACCACACAAGUGCACGGAAUGUGGAAAGAGCUUUACUCAAAGUGGUCACCUAAGCUCACAUCAAAGAACGCACACUGGAGAGAAACCAUAUGGAUGCACAGAAUGUGGAAGGAGCUUCUGUAAGAGUAGUCACCUUAGGUCACAUCAAAAAACUCACACAGGGGACAAACCAUAUAAAUGCAUGGAAUGUGGAAAGAGAUUCAGUCAGAGUUCUCACCUUAAUUCCCAUCACAGAAUUCACACAGGUGAGAAACCAUAUAAAUGCAUGGAAUGUGGAAAGAGCUUCAGUGAAAGUGGUAACCUUAGUUCACAUAUGAUAUUACACACAUAUAAGAAACCAUAUAAAUGCACAGAAUGUGGAAAGAGCUUUAGGAAAAGUGGAAUCCUCAAUAUUCAUAAAGGAACACAUACAGGGGAGAAACCCUAUAAAUGCACAGAGUGUGGAAAAUGCUUCAGUCACAGCUGUACCCUCAGUUCACACAAAUAUACUCACACAGGGGAGAAACCAUAUAAAGGCAUGGAAUGUGGAAAGAGCUUCAGUGGCAGCAGUGCCCUCAAUUCACAUAAAAGAACACACACAGGGGAGAAACCAUAUAAAUGCAUGGAAUGUGGAAAGAGUUUCAUGUACAGUGGUAGUCUUAAUGCACAUCAAAAAACUCACACAGGGGAAAAACCAUAUACAUGCAUGGAAUGCAUGAAGUGCUUCAGUCACACCAGUUACCUCAGUUCACAUAAAAAAACUCACAGAGGGGAAAAACCUUACAAAUGCAUGGAAUGUGGAAAGAGCUUCAUGUACAGUGGUAGCCUUAAUUCACAUCAAAAAACUCAUACAGGGGAAAAACCAUAAGCCCUUCAUCAGCAGAAAUCACUUUGCUUCACUUGAGAGAAGAGACCAGGGGCUAAAAAAAUGCAAGCUGCUUUAAACGUGCAGUAGGACUGAUCAAUAAGACUGAAUAUGCAGAAAGACCUUAUUAAACAUGAGAAAUGCACCUGUUUCUUUCAGUCUUUGGAAGGUGCUAUUACUGAAAAUUUUGGAAUGUGGGGAGGCACUGGGUAAAGGAAAAAUGUCUUUUAUAUCCAAAGGAAUAACAUGAGAGAGUAUCUCAAUUGAUUUAUGAGACUGGGUAGACAUUUCCUGGAAGAACUCUGUUGUCAUCUUCCCUUUCCUCUCUGAGGGGAAGCCAGUCUUUUAAUCUAGAUGGGAAACAUGAGGUCUUCUGUUUGAGAGGUAAUAUUUUCUGGCACAAAAUGUUUUUUGGGAAAAAAGAAAGAGGCAAUCUUUCUUAAAAUCUAAUUUAGAUAUUUUUAAAAAAGAUAAUGAAACAAAUGAUGAAAUUCUUGUUGGACACAGUUUAAUUCAGUGUAGCGUCAUGCCCAAGCAAUCUCAUUGCGCAACCAGUUCUUCAAUGAACUUGUAAAAUUUAAUUGCUCAGUGAAUUGCACAAAAAGUGCACAACAAACACACCACUGAAUUUGCUUCUGUGCAAAUGGAAUUGCUUCCUGGAUACUACUUUUAUUUCAGUUCAGCUCUCACUUCAACUCCAGGUUCUGAACACCUAGCUACGUAACAGGAUUUUGAACUGUGAAUGGGUGAAUCACCUACCUCAUUGAUAAGUAGACAACAGGGAGUAGUAAAGCUGAGAAGCAGAAAUUGGUUGAAGAGAAUGAUCUAAACCUUAUCUGUCUCUGAAAGGUUUGAUUGGACUUGCGGCAGAAAAGAUGAGAAAUGACUGCUUAUUUGGAAAAGAAGAAAAUGAAAGAGGGGCCUCGAGCACUUUCCAAACGAAUGCUCUUACUUAAUGUGAGGCUGUGAUGGGAUUGCAGCGGAUCAUUCGUGGCAGGCCUGGAACCCCAAACCACACUAAGUUAGAUAUGAA